AUGGCCCGGCCGAUGUCUUUCCACACUGAAGGCCUUAAUCAGGAGAGAAUUCCAGACCUCAAGGUUAAAAUUAAAGCUCGAACAAAGGAGAAACAGUGGAAACUCGAACAAAGGAGAAACACACUCUCCGACAUAGCCGACUGGAAGAGAAUUCAAGACCUCAAGGUGCAACGAACUCAAAGCUCGACAAAGGAGAAACAGUGGACAGUGGCAAUCUCCGACAUACGACUGGCGCCGACUGGCCAAGAAUCGAAGCCGUUGCUGAGUCUUACCUCGAAGAAAGGAGAAACAGUGGACAGUGGCACUCUUCGAACCGACUGGCCAGGAAUCGAAGCCGUUGCUAGAAGCUCGAACAAAGGAGAAACAGUGGACAGUGGCACUCUCAACAUACCCGACUGGCCAAGAAUCGAAGCCGUUGCUGAGUUUAACUUUGGCCAAGAAUCGAAGCCGUUGCUGAGUUUAGACUACGUACGGACGGAUUGCCUGGCAAAACACCUUCAAAGAUUGGGAGUAUACAGUCAAGGAGAAAAUGGAGAAGACCCACCUGAUUCGGUGUUCAAAGGAGGAAAUGGAGAAGACCCACCUGAUUCGGUGUCUAGCGGAGGAACGGAGAAGACCCACCUGAUUCGGUGUCCAGCCCUAGAGACAAGGGAGAGAUUCGAUGUCCAGCUCUAA